AGGCUGCAUUCAAAUCGUAGGCUAGAUUCCUCUGCCGGUUAAUGGGGAUUAGAAGGGAAAUAUGUUGAGCAGCGCGCCGACAGAGACCCCAACACUUGAUGCCCCUUCCAGGAGAGAUGGUUGAGCCCUCGUCCAGGUUGCUGUGGUCCUCUCCUAAAAUCCAGUCUUGCUCACUUCUCUGCUAUCAGCUGACAUAGCGCGGCGGGCGGCUCUGCCUGUUCCUCCUCUGAGAAGGGAGUCUACUUAAACCCCCACAGAAAGAGACAGUAGGCGAGAGGUUAGAUGUUUUAGUUGAGAACAUGAAGGGGAUUUACAGAGACGGAUACUACGACGGAUCUAUUGAACUACGGGACGUUUUCAACAGGAGAUGCGUUAAAUGCGGCCGAAGGGACUUUGUUCAAGCCAAAACGAUGAGGAUUAGGACGGGAAUUGUUUUUUGGAACCUCAUCUUUUCACUGAUGUUCACUUGUGUGAAAGGUUUUAUCCAUACUUGUGGAGGCACUUUAAAAGGGAGGAAUGGGACGAUAGAAAGCCCCGGGUUUCCAUACGGAUAUCCAAACGGAGCAAACUGUACCUGGGUCAUUGUUGCCGACGAGGGCAACAGGAUUCAUAUAGUUUUUCAAUCUUUCGCUGUGGAGGAGGAAUAUGACUUUUUAUCUUUGUAUGAUGGGCAUCCGCACCCGGCUAACUUCAGGACGAGGUUAACAGGAUUUACCAUCCCGCCGCCUGUUACCAGUUCUGGCUCCAUUUUUUCACUGAGGCUUACCAGUGACUUUGCAGUAAGCGCCCAUGGAUUUAAAGUAGCUUAUGAAGAGCUCAGAAGCAGCUCAUGUGGAAACCCAGGAGUUCCACCCAAAGGAAUACUGAACGGGACUCAGUUCAACGUCGGUGACAAGAUCCGGUACCGAUGUGUCACCGGCUACGUCCUGGACGGACACUCGCUCCUCACCUGUGUGAACAAUGCAGCAGGUGUGUCGGUGUGGGACUUUCCUGUGCCAAUCUGCAGAGCGGAGGACACGUGCGGCGGCACCCUCAGGGGCUCCAGUGGGCUCAUCUCCAGCUUCGACUUCCCCAGUGGUGACUCCUCGGGCCCCGGCGGGGGUGGAGGUGCCGGAGGCCUUGGGAGCAGCGGGGAGUGUAAAUGGACCAUACUGGCGGAUCCGGGAGACACCAUCUCCCUGGUUUUCACAGAAUUCCAAAUGGAGGAGAAGUCAGAUUACCUGGAAAUAGAAGGAUCAGAACCACCAACCAUAUGGCUUACUGGAAUGAAUAUUCCAGCACCCAUCAUCAGCAACAAAAACUGGCUACGGUUGCAUUUCGUGACAGAAAGUAACCAUCGCCACAAAGGCUUCAGGGCUCAGUAUCAAGUGAAAAGCUCUGGAGAGCUUAAGUCCAGAGGGGUAAAAUUAUUACCAGGAAAGGACAACACUAACAAACUGUCUUUGAUGAAUGAAGGAGGAGUCAAACAGGUGUCUAAUUACUGCCCUGACCCAGGGGAGCCAGAGAAUGGCAAACGGACUGGCUCUGACUUCAGCAUCGGAGCAACUGCUCAAUUUACCUGUGAUGAAGACCAUGUGCUGCAGGGUUCCAAAACGAUUACCUGCCAGCGCGUAGCCGAAGUCUUCGCCGCUUGGAGCGACCACAGACCCGUCUGCAAGGUGAAAACAUGUGGGUCAAAUCUUCAGGGACCUUCAGGGACUUUCACAUCCCCCAACUUUCCAAUUCAAUAUGAGAGUAACUCCCAGUGCGUGUGGAUCAUCACUGCCAGCGACCCCAACAAGGUUAUUCAGAUCAACUUUGAAGAGUUUGACCUAGAAAUCGGCUACGAUUCCCUGACCAUUGGAGAUGGAGGGGAAGUUGGCGACUCUAAGACAAUAAUUCAAGUGCUGACUGGGAGCUUCGUCCCAGACCUGAUUGUCAGCAUGUCCCAUCAGAUGUGGCUUCAUCUGCAGUCUGAUGAGAGUGUGGGCUCAAUUGGCUUCAAGAUCAACUACAAAGAAAUUGACAAAGAGAGUUGUGGUGACCCUGGUACUCCUCUGUAUGGCUACCAGGAGGGCAGCGGCUUUUUAAAUGGAGAUGUUCUGCGAUUUGAAUGCCAGUUUGGCUUCGAGCUCAUCGGGGAGAGGAUGAUAACCUGCCAGAAUAACAAUCAGUGGUCAGCUAAUAUCCCCAUCUGCAUAUUCCCCUGUUUCUCCAACUUCACUGCACCCAUGGGAACAGUGUUGUCUCCCGACUACCCAGAAGGCUACGGGAACAACCUUAACUGUGUGUGGCUGAUUAUCUCUGAGACUGGCUCCAGAAUCCAUCUGGCCUUCAAUGACUUUGACUUGGAGCCGCCGUAUGACUUCCUUACUAUCAAAGAUGGGGAUCAGUCAGGAGCGACAAUACUAGGACGCUUCUCGGGGGCUGAAGUACCUUCUCAUCUGACAUCUAACAGCAACAUACUGCAGCUGGAGUUUCAGGCUGAUCAUUCGAUGUCUGGCCGAGGGUUCAACAUCACUUAUAGCACGUUUGGGCGUAACGAGUGCCCCGACCCCGGCGUACCUCUGAACGCGAGGCGCUUCGGUGACAGCUUCCAACUUGGGAGUUCCAUCUCUGUGGUUUGUGAAGAGGGCUUCAUCAAGACGCAAGGCGCUGACACCAUCACCUGCCAUCUGGAGGAAGGCAAGGUGAUGUGGAGCGGGCUCAUUCCCAAAUGUGAAGCUCCUUGUGGGGGGCACUACUCAGGGCCAUCUGGUGUCAUCCUCUCCCCGGGGUGGCCAGGAUACUAUAAAGACUCCCUGAGUUGUGAGUGGGUCAUUGAGGCCGAGCAGGGACGUUCCAUCAAGAUUAGCUUUGACAGGUUUCAAACUGAGCUCAGUUAUGACUUUCUGGAAGUGCACGAUGGUCCCAACCUGCUGUCUCCUCUGAUCGGCUCCUUUAAUGGAACUCAAGUCCCUCAGUUCCUGUUUAGUACCAGCAACUUUCUGUAUCUGCUUUUUACCACCGACAACAGUCGAUCAAACAGUGGCUUCAAGAUCUUCUAUGAAGUGGUCACAUUGGACACGUACUCCUGCAUGGAUCCCGGGAUUCCUGUGAACGGCGCCCGCUUAAGCCACGACCUGUCCAUCGGGGCCACGGUGUCGUACCAGUGCGACCCAGGAUACAGGCUGAGCCACGACGAGCCACUGGUUUGUGAGAAGAAUCACUUUUGGAGCCAUUCACUUCCCACGUGUGAUGCGUCAUGUGGUGGGGAUAUCAGAGGACCUGCAGGGAUCAUCUUAUCUCCAGGCUACCCGGAGCUGUAUCCCAACUCUCUAAACUGUACGUGGACUGUAGAGGUCAGCCAUGGAAAAGGUGUCCAGUUCACUUUCCACUCCUUUCACCUGGAGGAUCACCAUGACUACCUCCUGAUAACUGAAAAUGGCAGCUUCGCUCAGCCACUGGCUCGACUCACUGGCUCAGAGCGGCCCGCGCCGGUUAAUGCCGGCCUGUAUGGAAACUUCAAGGCCCAGCUACGCUUCAUUUCUGACUUCUCCAUAUCGCUGCAGGGAUUCAACAUCUCCUUCUCGGAAUACAAUCUCGAACCCUGUCAGGACCCUGGCACCCCUCGGUUCGGCUGGCACACGGGCUCCAGGUUUGGCAUCGGAGACUCGCUGGCGUUCCACUGCAACACGGGCUACCGUCUACAGGGGGCGAAGGAAAUCGUGUGCUUGGGAGGUGGCCGCCGCAUGUGGAGCGCCCCUCUGCCAAGGUGUGUGGCGGAGUGCGGAUCAACAGUCUCCAACAAUGAAGGAGUCCUUUUGUCCCCAAAUUACCCAAUGAACUAUGACAACAGCCACGAGUGCGUGUACAGCAUUCAGGUGCAAACGGGCAAAGGCAUCAACAUCACCGCCAGCAGCUUUCAGCUCGCACAAGGAGACGUUCUCAAGCUGUACGAUGGAAAGGAUGGUGCAGCUCCACUCCUUGGCACCUACACAGGUACACUGAUGCAGGGUCUGUCGCUCACCAGCACUUCCAACUAUCUGUGGCUGGAAUUCUACUCCGACCAUGAGAUGACGGCAGCGGGGUUCCGGCUCAUAUACCACAGUUUCGAGUUAUCACACUGUGAUGAGCCAGGUGUGCCACAGUUCGGCUUCAAGAUCAGCGACCAGGGCCACUUUGCCGGCAGCGCCAUCACGUUCGGCUGUGACCAAGGCUACACUCUGCACGGCAGCGGCAUACUCAAGUGUAUGACCGGGGAAAGACGGGCGUGGGACAACCACCUCCCCUCGUGUAUAGCGGAAUGUGGAGGCAGCUUCAAGGGAGAGUCAACAGGCCGGAUCCUCUCUCCUGGGUAUCCCUUUCCUUACGAUAACAACCUGAGAUGCACCUGGACAAUAGAGGUCAACUCUGGGAACAUUGUCAGUCUGCAGUUCCUCGCGUUUGACACGGAGGCAUCCCAUGACAUCCUGAAGGUGUGGGAUGGGCCUCCGGAGAACGAGAUGUCUUUGAAGGAGGUCAGCGGCUCGCUGCUGCCUGAAGGAAUACAUUCCACUCUCAACGUCGUCACAAUUCAAUUCGAGACAGACUUUUAUAUCACCAAGUCCGGCUUCGCAAUUGACUUCUCAAGUUCUCUGGCGACAGCCUGCAGAGAUCCAGGCAUCCCCAUGAAUGGCAGUCGUAACGGAGAAGGGCGGGAGCCCGGUGACUCGGUGACCUUCUCAUGUGAUCCAGGAUAUGAAUUGCAGGGAGAAAGCAGAAUCACCUGCAUCCAAGUGGAAAAUAGAUACUACUGGCAGCCCAGCCCUCCAAGCUGCAUCGCUCCUUGUGGUGGAAAUGUGACUGGAUCUUCUGGAUUCAUCCUCUCCCCCAACUACCCACACCCCUAUCCACACAGCAAAGACUGCGACUGGCUUAUCGCCGUUCACUCUGACUACGUCAUUUCGCUUGCUUUUAUCAGCUUCAGCAUUGAGCCCAACUAUGAUUUCCUGUACAUCUACGACGGACCAGACAGCAGCGCUCAUUUGAUUGGCAGUUUUCAAGACAGCAAACUUCCGGAGAAGAUAGAGAGCACUUCCAACUUCAUGUACUUGGCAUUUCGCAGCGAUGGCUCCGUCAGCUACACUGGCUUCCAUUUGGAAUACAAAGCAAAACUGCGGGAGGCGUGUUUUGAUCCGGGAAAUGUGAUGAAUGGCACGAGAAUGGGUACCGACUACAAGCUGGGAUCUAUGGUGACAUUUCACUGCGAGGCCGGCUACCUGCUGCAGGGCUACUCCACUCUGACAUGCGUCAUGGGCAACAGCAAGAGACCAGAGUGGGACCGAGCUAAACCAAGCUGUCAAGCUCCCUGUGGAGGUCACUUCACUGGUUCGGAGGGAACUGUUCUAUCCCCAAACUAUCCACAUAAUUACACCAGAGGCCAGAGCUGUGUCUACGACAUCUUCGUCCCGGGAGACUUCGUGCUCUUCGGACAGUUUGUGGUAUUCCAAACUCUGAACACCGAUGUGGUUGAGAUCUACGACGGCUCCUCAACAGAUUCCGCCCUACUGUCUUCCAUAUUUGGAUCACACUCAGGUGAGACGCUCCCUUUGAGUUCAGGAAACAAGAUGACCCUCAAGUUCACUACAAAUGGAACGGAGACAGCCAAAGGAUUUCAUUUCGUUUACCAAGCCGUCCCCCGGACAAGUGCCACUCAGUGCAGCUCAGUCCCUGAGCCGCGGUUCGGGAAGCGGAUAGGAAACGACUUUGGCAUCGGCAUGGUGGUGCUGUUUGAGUGUAAUCCAGGCUACACGCUGCACGGCUCCAGUGCCAUCAGGUGCGAGGCCGUGCCCAAUGCCCUGGCCCAGUGGAACGGCACUGUGCCCACAUGUGUCGUUCCCUGUGGCGGAGUGUUAACUGACCGCAGAGGCACCAUCCUUUCUCCCGGAUACCCAGAGCCAUAUGCCAACUAUCUGAACUGUGCAUGGAGAAUAUCUGUUCCCGAAGGAGCCGGCAUCCAAAUCCAAGUGGUGACCUUCGCCACGGAACACAAUUGGGACUCGCUAGAUUUUUUUGACGGCGUUGAUGGCAAUGCUCCAAGGCUCGGUAGCUACUCAGGUACAACAAUUCCCCAACUGCUGAACAGCACGUCCAACAACCUGUAUCUGACCUUCCAGUCUGACAUCAGUGUGUCUGCCGCUGGCUUCCACUUGGAGUACACAGCAAUAGGUUUGGAUUCGUGCCCAGAGCCGCUGCCUCCCAGUAACGGACAGAAAGUGGGCGAUCGCUACACUGUGGGUGACAUGGUCUCCUUCCAGUGUGAUCAAGGCUUUUCACUGCAGGGUAAUGCAUAUAUUACCUGCAUGCCUGGUCCUGUCAGAAGGUGGAAUUACCCCGUACCUCUAUGUUUAGCUCAGUGCGGCGGCUCUAUGACAGACUUCAGCGGCGUCAUCCUCAGCCCUGGCUUUCCAGGGAAUUACCAAAGCAGCCUGGAUUGCAGCUGGAGAGUUCAACUCCCCAUUGGUUUUGGGAUCCAUCUGCAGUUUCUGAACUUCUCCACCGAGCCUGUUCAUGACUAUUUGGAAGUCCGCAGCGGGAGCCUUGAGACAGGAACAGUGAUUGAUCGGUUCAGCGGCCCUGUGGUGCCCAACUCUCUCUUCAGCACCACCCACGAGACGACUCUCUUCUUUCAUAGCGACUAUUCCCAGAAUAAGCAUGGCUUCCAGAUUGUCUAUCAGGCAUAUGAGCUACAAAGGUGUCCAGAUCCACGUCCGUUUCGUAACGGCAUAGUCAUCGGCCAGGACUACAGUGUGGGGAUGACCAUUUCCUUUGAGUGCCUGUCAGGUUACACACUCCUUGGAGAGCCUUCCCUCACGUGUCUGCAUGGAGUCAGCAGAAACUGGAAUCACCCCAUACCUCGUUGUGAAGCUCUCUGUGGUGGGAAUGUAACGUCGAUGAAUGGCACCAUUUACUCUCCAGGACACCCGGCCGAGUACCCACAUUUCCAGGACUGUGUGUGGACCGUCAGAGUACCCCCUGGGUACGGAAUCUACAUAAAUUUCUCUGUUAUCAAUACAGAGCCAAUCUAUGACUACAUCACUGUGUGGGAUGGACCUGACCAGGCUUCACCUCAGAUCGGUCAAUUCAGCGGCAACUCUGUGCAGGAAGGCGUGUCAACCACUGCCAAUCAGGUCCUCAUCAAGUUCCACAGUGACUUCAGCACCAGUGGAUUCUUUGAGCUGCACUAUUACGCUUACCAGCUGAGAACAUGUCAGCCACCCCCUCCUGUUGCCAACGCCACUGUCCUAACCGAUGAUGACGAGUUCGAAAUAGGGGACAUCAUUCGAUACACAUGCCUGCCAGGCUUCACCUUGGUGGGCAGCGAGAUUUUGACCUGCCGGCUUGGAGAGAGGCUACAAAUGGAUGGACCACCACCAGUCUGUCAAGUCCAAUGCCCUGCUCACGAGGUGCGAUUUGACUCAACCGGGGUCAUCUUGAGCCCGGGCUUCCCGGAGAACUACCCCAAUCUGCAAAUGUGUUCCUGGCUGAUAAACGUGGAGAAGGGCUACAACAUCACUCUGCAUUUCGAGCUCUUCCAGACAGAGAAGGAGUUUGACAUCCUGGAAAUAUUUGACGGUCCCAACAUCUACAGUCAGAGCCUUUCUUCACUCAGCGGCGACAUUGAAACGCCCUUCAGCCUGACCACCACAGGCCACCAGCUCCUGCUGCGCUGGUCCUCCGACCACGGCACCAACCGUCGCGGCUUCCACAUCAGAUAUGUGGGUGAGUAUCAAACGAUGUACUGCAGUACCCCCGACUCCCCACAGCAUGGCUUUGUAGUAAGCCAGACCGGGGGUCAUCUGAACAGCAUGGUGCGUUGGGCCUGCGACAGGGGGUACAAGCUGAUCGGAAAGGGCACAGCUGUGUGCAAGAAAACCACCUAUGGUUACUACGCCUGGGACGCGCCGGUUCCUGCAUGUCAAGCUGUGUCGUGCGGCGUGCCCAGCGCGCCAGCGAACGGAGGUGUGCUCGCUGCUGAUUACUCCGUCGGCACACGGGUGACCUACUUCUGCAACGGUGGCUACCGACUCUCCUCCAAAGAGCUGACGACCACAGUCUGCCAGCCAGACGGCACCUGGAGCAAUCACAACAAGAUACCCCGAUGCAUCGUAAUGAUGUGCCCCAGCCUCAGCUCCUUCUCCCUGGACCAUGGAAAAUGGAGGAUAGUUAAUGGUUCACACUAUGAAUACGGAACAAAGAUCAUUUUCACCUGCAACCCCGGGUACUACCGCGUUGGCCCCGCCCACAUCCAGUGCCUGGCCAAUGGGGUGUGGAGCUGGAGAAACGAGAGACCUCGCUGUAGAAUCAUUUCCUGUGGCGACCUUCCCACACCACCUAAUGGGAAAAAAAUUGGGACUCAAACUACCUUCGGAGCAUCAGGCAUCUUCAGCUGUAACCUUGGCUACGUUUUAACUGGAUCUACUGUUCGAGAGUGCCUCCUCUCUGGCCUUUGGAGUGGGAUGGAGACUCAGUGCCUGGCUGGCCACUGCGGCGUUCCUGAGCAGAUUGUGAACGGGCAGGUCAUCGGAGAAAACUUUGGUUACAGAGACACGGUGGUUUAUCAGUGCAACCCAGGAUUCAGGCUCAUCGGAUCCUCGGUGCGGAUCUGUCAGCAGGACCACAACUGGUCUGGAGCGCUCCCUGUUUGUAUCCCCGUCACAUGCGGCCACCCUGGUAGCCCUAUCUAUGGCCGCACCGUGGGCGACGGCUUCAACUACAACGACGUGGUGCGCUUCUCAUGCAACAAAGGCUACACACUGGAAGGGCCGUCCACGGCUCAGUGCCAGGCCAACCGGCAGUGGAGCCAGCAGCCACCAACAUGCAGGGUGGUUAACUGCACUGACCCAGGUAUCCCCGCUAACUCUAUCCGGGAGAGUAAGAUCGAACACGGCAACUUCACGUUUGGCAGCGUGGUCUUCUAUGAUUGCAACCCCGGAUAUUACCUGUUUGGCUCUUCGGUGCUGACCUGCCAGCCUGUGGGCCACUGGGACAAGCCUCUACCAGAAUGCAUUGAGGUGGACUGUGGGAACCCAGGUACUCCUCCCCACGGAGUCCUGAGAGGGGACAAGUUCACAUUCGGCUCCACCGUGCGCUACUCCUGCCUCGGAGAACGGCAGCUCAUCGGGGACUCGUCACUCACCUGUCAGCUGAACGGACACUGGAGCGGUCCCUUGCCCCACUGCUCAGGGGACUCGACGGGCACCUGUGGGGAUCCUGGCACACCUGCCCAUGCCAGCAGGGAGGCAGGAAACUUCAAGGUUCGCAGCAAAGUGCGCUUCACCUGUGCAGUGGGACAUACGCUAUACGGCUCAGCGGAGAGGAUCUGCUUCCCCAACGGGACCUGGUCUGGCAAGCAGCCAUUCUGCAAACCGGUGCAGUGUGGGAACCCAGGCACCCCGGCUCAUGGGCGUAUUUCUCGCGUGGACGGCACAACGUUCUCCCACUCCAUUGUGUACACCUGCAUGGAAGGAUAUUUCCUCACCGGGUCGCCCACACGCCAGUGUCUGGCCAAUGGCACGUGGUCUGGCACUCCUCCAAACUGCACAAUGAUAACCUGUAGUGACCCCGGUGUUCCAGCCAACGGACUCAGAUUUGGUGACGACACCGCAGUUGGCCAGAAUGUGACGUUCACGUGCCAGCCGGGAUAUAUGAUGAUAGGAGGGGACAGCGCUGUCAUAAGAACCUGCACCAACAAUGGAACCUGGAGUGGAGCCAUGCCAGCGUGCCUCGUGGUGACCUGUGUUACGCCGCCUCCCAUCCCCAACGGCCUGCUGGAGGGCUCGGUCCUGGAGUGGGGCACCAGCGUGAGCUACAGCUGUUUACCCGGCUAUGAGCUGUCCUUCCCCGCUGUGCUCACCUGCACGGGGAACGGGACAUGGAGCGGAGACCUGCCUCAGUGCCUGCCCAAGUUCUGCGGCGACCCUGGCAUGCCCCCCAAAGGUCGGAGGGAGGGCCACAGUUUCAUCUUCAAGUCGGAGGUGACCUUUAGCUGCGGCGCCCCCUUCGUCCUGGUGGGAUCAUCGACACGGAUGUGCCGGGAGGAUGGCACAUGGAGCGGCUCCCAGCCUCGAUGUAUAGAGCCUACAAGAACCACAUGCGAGAAUCCAGGGACUCCUGAGCACGGCUUCAUGAAUUACUCAACAGGCUUUAAGGUGGGCAGCAGAGUCGACUUCCAGUGCCAGCAGGGACACAUACUGCAGGGCUCCACCACAAGGCUCUGUUUGCCCGAUCUCACCUGGACUGGCAUCCAGCCCACCUGCAUCCCUCACGCCUGCAAGCAGCCGCGGAGCCCGGCCAACGCCGACGUCGCAGGUCUGGACCUCCCCUCCUACGGUUACACCCUGGUGUACUCCUGUCAGCCGGGCUAUUUCCUCUCCGGGGGGUCAGAGCACCGCGUCUGCCGCUCCGACGGCAGCUGGACUGGCAAGGUGCCUGUGUGCAGAGUCGGCUCCAAGUCACAUGAGAAAACAGUCAAACCCGUGCCAGGGACACCAAGCCCGAAACUCACUGUUCCUGAUGAUGUCUUUGCUCCUGAUUUCAUCUGGAAGGGUUCCUACGAUUACAAAGGCCAGAAGCAGCCGAUGACUCUGACAGUCACCAGCUUUAAUGCCACGACCAGAAAAGUCAAUGUAACUUUAACCGACAGCAGCGUGGAGUUCCUGCUCUCUGGAGUCUACAAACGCCAGGAGGCGCGGUUAAUGCUCCUGCUGUACCAGAUGAGAGCGCUGGCCCACAGCUCCUUGAGCAGGAUUAGUGAUGAGACCUGGGCAAUGGACGGAUUUGUUUCUGCGGAGCCUGAGGGCGGCAGUUAUGUUUUCCAGGGAUUCAUACAGGGUAAAGAUUACGGACAGUUUGGACUACAGCGACUUGGUUUGAGCGUGAGAGAGAACGUUACACUCGCUGACCCCGAAACCAACGGCUCCACAAACAGCAGCUCUGUUGCUGUCGCUAUCCUCGUGCCUUUCUUUGCUCUCAUCUUCGCAGGACUCGGUUUUUAUCUUUACAAGCAGCGGAAAACAGAUAAAGCGCAAUAUACAGGAUGCUCGGUCCACGAGAACAACAACGGACAGGCCACUUUUGAGAAUCCCAUGUACAACACAAACACAAAGGCUGCCGAGGGGAAAGUCGUCCGCUUUGACCCGAAUCUCAACACCAUCUGCACCAUGGUUUGAUACCGAGAAAAAGACAAAAGGAGAGGGAAAAACAACUUCUUCACACAAAUAUAUAAACAUAUUUAUAUUUAUACUUUUCCCCGUUUCUGAAGACACACAGCAAAGAGACAGAGUUUGCUCCGAAGCAUAAAGCACACUUUCAGCAACACUUCCGGUAGUUGCGAAAUCGAUCGUAUACAGAAGAUAAAGAUGAAGAAAAAUGGAGAGGAAGGGAAGGUCCCAAACCUUCUCAGAUCUUCUCGUAGCACGGUGAAGAGAAGUGGGGUUUUUUUUUGCACUCUGUGAGUGUGGGCUUUCUGAAUAAAAGAGCCUCUGGCAUAUAGAUAAAAUGGAGUGUUUUACACUCUGUAGUAUAAAUAUAGUGGGGUUAUUUCACAAUGCCAAAUGAAACGUUAAGGUAUUUCUUAAAA